UCUGUUUCAGGCAUCUUCCAAAAUGGCCAGGGUUGUUAGUGAGUACUUUCCCCCAGAACAGGCCACAGCCUUUAUUGAGGCCACAGUGGAAAGUAUGCUGUCUGCCAGCCCCACCUGUGCCACAGCAGCUGGACUGUGGAUGAAGGUUAUACUGAAGGAGUGUGGAGAUGCCAUGCUUGAUAAAGUGCCAGCUAUUGUGGAUAUAAUAUAUAGCCAUAUGGCUACUAUCCAGGAGGGCAGCUUGAGGCAAUUCAUGCUGGAGGCAGUGUCUAUUUUAGCUCACCAUCACCUAGAGGCAGUGAUCUCCAGCCUACUCAGCAACCAUCUGCCAAUGGACAGUGACACCAGUGAGCUGUGGAGAUCUCUAGGGGGAGACCCCUUCUCUGCUGUCUGUGGAACAAAUAUGCAGUUUUAG